AUGCCCCCAUCGCCGUCGUUGCCGUUGCCUCCCCCAGAACCGCCACCUGCAUCUGUCAUCGGCAGUGCUGGGGCUGAGUCUGUGGUGUCGGUGGCAUGUCAACAACAACAACAACAACAACAACAACAACAACAACAACAACAACAACAACAACAACAACAACAACAACAACAACAACAACAACAACAACAACAACAACAACAACAACAACAACAACAACAACAACAACAACAACAACAACAACAACAACAACAACAACAACAACAACAACAACAACAACAACAACAACAACAACAACAACAACAACAACAACAACAACAACAACAACAACAACAACAACAACAACAACAACAACAACAACAACAACAACAACAACAACAACAACAACAACAACAACAACAACAACAACAACAACAACAACAACAACAACAACAACAACAACAACAACAACAACAACAACAACAACAACAACAACAACAACAACAACAACAACAACAACAACAACAACAACAACAACAACAACAACAACAACAACAACAACAACAACAACAACAACAACAACAACAACAACAACAACAACAACAACAACAACAACAACAACAACAACAACAACAACAACAACAACAACAACAACAACAACAACAACAACAACAACAACAACAACAACAACAACAACAACAACAACAACAACAACAACAACAACAACAACAACAACAACAACAACAACAACAACAACAACAACAACAACAACAACAACAACAACAACAACAACAACAACAACAACAACAACAACAACAACAACAACAACAACAACAACAACAACAACAACAACAACAACAACAACAACAACAACAACAACAACAACAACAACAACAACAACAACAACAACAACAACAACAACAACAACAACAACAACAACAACAACAACAACAACAACAACAACAACAACAACAACAACAACAACAACAACAACAACAACAACAACAACAACAACAACAACAACAACAACAACAACAACAACAACAACAACAACAACAACAACAACAACAACAACAACAACAACAACAACAACAACAACAACAACAACAACAACAACAACAACAACAACAACAACAACAACAACAACAACAACAACAACAACAACAACAACAACAACAACAACAACAACAACAACAACAACAACAACAACAACAACAACAACAACAACAACAACAACAACAACAACAACAACAACAACAACAACAACAACAACAACAACAACAACAACAACAACAACAACAACAACAACAACAACAACAACAACAACAACAACAACAACAACAACAACAACAACAACAACAACAACAACAACAACAACAACAACAACAACAACAACAACAACAACAACAACAACAACAACAACAACAACAACAACAACAACAACAACAACAACAACAACAACAACAACAACAACAACAACAACAACAACAACAACAACAACAACAACAACAACAACAACAACAACAACAACAACAACAACAACAACAACAACAACAACAACAACAACAACAACAACAACAACAACAACAACAACAACAACAACAACAACAACAACAACAACAACAACAACAACAACAACAACAACAACAACAACAACAACAACAACAACAACAACAACAACAACAACAACAACAACAACAA